AUGUUGUCGUCUCAAACCACUAAAGGUUACAAGGCUUGCCCAAUCUGCUUAGGAGACCUAAAUGCUAGUUGGCACGCUGGAAAGGUGUGUUACUUGGGGAGUCGUACAGGGCUUCUGGAAGAUCAUCCAUGGAAAUUUAAUGCGGCUUCAUUCGAUGGGAAGCAAGAGUUUGGUUUAAAACCCCAAGAGCGGUCUGGUGAGUGGAUUUUGGACAUGUUGAACUCUUUUGAUUUCGGACGUCUUAGCAGUGAUCCUGAUGUGUUAGCUCGGAAUCCAAAACGUCUUUCUAGAUUGGAGAACUGGACGCAUAACAGUAUAUUUUUUGAAUUGCCUUACUGGAAGAAAUUGAGAAUAAGGCACUACUUUGAUGUCAUGCAUAUAGAGAAGAAUGUUUGUGACAGCAUUGUGGGAACAGUUUUCGGGUUUAAAGACAAGACUAAGGACACUGUGAAGGCGCGCAAAGAUCUUCAACUCAUGAACAAACGCCCUCACUUGUGGCUAACAACGUCGGGGUCAGUGCCUCUUGCACAUUACAGGAUUAAUCCGGCUAAUGAGAAGAAAAUUUUCAAAUGGUUUGAAGCUAUUAAGUAUCCUCAUGGUUAUGCAGGAAAUAUAUCUUAA